GUGAAUUUCCCGGGCCGGGGCGCGGAAAUCCAGCUUCCGUAACCACUACGCAGAUUGUGCCUUGUUCCUGUUGGAGGUUCUCUAGGCUCCAUCAUGUUGAGGGCCAAGACCCGAUUUUGCUUGCUUUCUCACCAUCAUCUAAAACAACGAACAGCAUCAACAGACCCCAGGCUCAUCUGGCAGCGACUUCUACACCAGCAGCAACCCCUUCACCCAGAAUGGGCCGCCCUGGCUAAAAAGCAACUGAAAGGCAAAAAUGCAGAGGACCUAAUCUGGCACACGCCAGAAGGGAUCUCCAUCAAGCCCUUGUACUCCAGCAGGGACACUAAGGACUCACCUGAGGAACUUCCAGGCAUGAAGCCAUUCACACGUGGGCCAUAUCCUACCAUGUAUACCUUCAGGCCCUGGACCAUCCGCCAGUAUGCUGGCUUUAGUACUGUGGAAGAAAGCAAUAAGUUCUACAAGGAUAAUAUUAAGGCUGGUCAGCAGGGAUUAUCAGUUGCCUUUGAUCUGGCAACCCACCGCGGCUAUGACUCAGACAAUCCCCGAGUUCGAGGUGAUGUUGGAAUGGCUGGCGUGGCUAUUGACACCGUGGAAGAUACCAAAAUUCUUUUUGAUGGAAUUCCUUUAGAAAAAAUGUCCGUUUCCAUGACUAUGAAUGGAGCAGUUAUCCCAAUUCUUGCAACUUUUAUAGUAACGGGAGAAGAGCAGGGCGUACCUAAAGAGAAUCUCACUGGGACAAUCCAAAAUGAUAUCCUUAAGGAGUUCAUGGUCAGGAACACGUACAUUUUCCCUCCAGAACCAUCUAUGAAAAUCAUUGCUGACAUCUUCCAGUACACAGCCAAGCACAUGCCAAAGUUUAAUUCAAUUUCAAUUAGUGGCUACCAUAUGCAGGAAGCGGGCGCGGAUGCGAUUCUGGAACUGGCCUAUACUAUUGCAGACGGCUUGGAGUACUGUAGAACUGGUCUGCAGGCCGGCCUGACCAUUGAUGAAUUUGCUCCCAGGUUGUCUUUCUUCUGGGGAAUUGGAAUGAACUUUUAUAUGGAGAUAGCAAAGAUGAGAGCUGGGCGAAGACUCUGGGCUCACUUAAUAGAGAAAAUGUUUCAGCCUAAAAACUCAAAAUCUCUUCUUCUAAGAGCACAUUGUCAGACAUCAGGAUGGUCACUUACGGAGCAGGAUCCUUACAAUAACAUCAUUCGUACUGCAAUCGAAGCAAUGGCAGCCGUGUUUGGAGGGACUCAGUCUUUGCACACAAAUUCUUUUGAUGAAGCCUUGGGUUUGCCAACUGUGAAAAGUGCCCGCAUCGCCCGGAACACCCAAAUCAUCAUCCAAGAAGAAUCUGGGAUUCCCAAAGUCGCUGAUCCCUGGGGAGGUUCAUAUAUGAUGGAAUCUCUCACCAAUGAUGUGUAUGAUGCUGCCUUGAAGCUCAUUAAUGAAAUUGAAGAAAUGGGUGGAAUGGCCAAAGCUGUAGCUGAGGGGAUACCAAAACUAAAAAUUGAAGAAUGUGCUGCACGAAGGCAAGCUAGAAUCGAUUCUGGUUCUGAAGUAAUUGUUGGAGUUAAUAAGUACCAGUUGGCAAAAGAAGAAUCUGUGGAAGUUUUGGCGAUUGAUAAUACUUCAGUGCGUAACACGCAGAUUGAAAAACUAAAGAAGGUCAAAUCCAGCAGAGAUCAAGCUUUGGCUGAGCGGUGUCUUGCUGCACUAACUCAAUGUGCUGCCAGUGGAGAUGGAAACAUUCUGGCUCUUGCAGUGGAUGCAGCCCGGGCAAGAUGUACCGUUGGAGAAAUCACGGAUGCCAUGAAAAAGGUAUUUGGCGAGCAUAAAGCUAGUGAUCGGAUGGUGAGUGGAGCCUAUCGCCAGGAAUUUGGAGAAAGUAAAGAGAUAUCAUUUGCUAUCAAGAGGGUUCACAAUUUCAUGGAACGUGAAGGUCGCAGGCCUCGUCUUCUUGUUGCAAAAAUGGGACAAGAUGGCCAUGACAGAGGAGCAAAAGUUAUUGCUACAGGCUUUGCUGAUCUUGGUUUUGAUGUGGACAUAGGCCCCCUUUUUCAGACUCCCCGUGAAGUGGCCCAGCAGGCUGUGGACGCAGAUGUGCAUGCUGUGGGUGUGAGCACACUAGCUGCCGGUCAUAAAACCCUCGUUCCCGAGCUCAUCAAAGAACUUGACUCCCUGGGACGGCCAGAUAUUCUUGUCAUGUGUGGAGGGGUCAUACCACCCCAGGAUUAUGAAUUUCUGUUUGAAGUUGGUGUUUCCAAUGUGUUUGGUCCUGGGACUCGCAUUCCAAAGGCCGCUGUGCAAGUGCUUGAUGACAUUGAGAAGUGUUUGGAGAAGAAGCAGCACUCUAUGUAACAUUAUGGUUCAUUUUUGUGUGUUUAUUUUUCUUCAAAAUUUUUCACUUCUGAUCAGUGAAGGAAAGGACACAUCUUCAGUUUAACUCAACACUUGAUAUGUACUUUUCUGGAAAGCUUUACAUUAAAAUAUCUUACUUAUAAGAAUGUUGUCAUUCUAAGAGCAUAUAUAUACGAUUUUACUUUUAAUGUUUUAAAACAUCAUUAAAGAUCCUCUACACAUUCAAUACUUUA